CCGAGAGCAGCCGCCUGGACCAGCUGGGAGGGGCCGGUCCCCGGGACGCUCCACACUGGGCUGCAGAUCGCCCCCCGGGGACUGUCCCUUUAAGAGCGGGGCGGGCUCAGGCUCGGGCUCGCGGCGCUGCCGGGUGCAGUCCCGGCCCCUUCCCGCGCUGGGGGUCCUGGCCGGGGCGAACCCUGUCCCGGCCCCGUCUUCUCUAGCUGGAGCCUCCUUUCUCGUCAUCACGGCUGCCUUGUGAUGCUGCUAGUGCCUGCCUGCCUGGCAAGUCAAAACAUGCUCCGGCCCCAGUGGACUAACAGCAGAAGAUGGCAGAGCUGCCGGAGGUUGGGGAGGCUUUGGGGGAGGGCAGUUUGGUGACUACCACAUUUGAGGGCUGCCGCCUUGCAGGCAACAGGCUGAACCUAGAUGUGUACCCUGAUGGCUGUCGCCAGUUCCUCGAGCUGUUUGAGAAACGAAGGGAAGAGGUGGACCAGGAGGAAUUCCUGCGGCCGUACUGCACUGGGGCCCCCGUUGACUGCACGCUGGUUUCCGUGCCCCCAGGUGGGCAUGCCCAGGAUGAAUUCGGUGCUUGUCAGCAGGGUUCCCUGACAACCUUGCCACAAGAUUUUGGGAGUCUGCUAUGUCUCACUCAUCUGGAUCUCAGCUUUAAUAGCUUCUCCAGGUUGCCCAGCUGCGUCACUGACCUUGCCAGCCUCCGUGUGCUCUUGGUGUGCCACAACAGCUUGGUGGAGCUGCCCGAAGACUUUGGCCAGCUCAGUAAGCUGACUUUCUUCUCUGCCAUGAAAAACCAGCUCCGGGAUCUACCACGGAGCAUCGGGGAGCUGGCAGCGCUGCAGAGACUGGACCUGUCUGAAAACGCCCUGCAAUCACUUCCCGACGAGAUUGGGAGUCUGUAUAACUGCAUGGAGCUGGAUCUCUCAGGGAAUCAAUUGAUGGGCGUCCCAGACUCACUUGCCAAUUUGCGGUCUCUGCAGCAGCUGCGUCUUCACAGCAAUCUCCUGGUGACUGUCCCCGCAUCCCUUGCCAGCCUUCCCAACUUGUCCAGGCUUGACUUGCAGAACAACUGGCUCCGCUCCAUCCCCCCCGAGAUCCAGCACUCUCCCUUCGUGCACCUGCGGGGCAAUCCGCUAGGAGAACCUGAGAUCCCCCUGCAAUCUGGUAAUUGCGUCUCUGGCUUGACUGCAUCUCAGACAGCUGCUCCCAGGCUCUAUUCUAAGGGGUGCCGUUCUGUUGGUGUCUCAUGGCAAUGCCCUGUUGUCCCCUGCCAGGAGGUGCAGAUCUGGAUGCCUUACACCUCCCCUCAGACUCUGCGUGAGCGAGAAGUGGUAGUUCGGACCUUCAAUGGGCAGAGCUGGAGCGACCUGCAAACCAAGGUGGAGCGGAGAGGAAAGCCGAAGAAGCACAUGGCUUGCUGUAGCAUCCCCCACUUCUCCUGGUUCCUGGUCAUCUCUCGGCUCGUGGAGAAUAAAUGUAGUGUCCCAUCAGAGGGGACGUUGCUCUUUUCCACAGUGGAUCCAAGCAUCAAAGUGACCUUCCCUCCUGGAGUCACAGAGGAGACUCGGAGCGUCACAUUGCAGGUGUUGCCAGUGUUGGCAGAGGAGCUGGCAGAGAUCACAGAUGAUCCAGAGUCCAAAGCCGGUCCCCUGCUCUGCCUCUCCCAGAAUUCCACUGUGGAUUUCCUCAGGCCAGUUAAAAUUCAGCUCCCGCUACCUCCAGGGGUCACAGGUCUCACCCUAGAUCGCUCCAAGCUGCAUCUUCUUCACGGCAACCUGCAAGCCCAAGCCUGGGAUGAUAUCACCAAUCAGGUGGUGCUGGAGUUCACCCACCUCUACGCACGGUUUGAAGUCACCCACUUCUCCUGGUACUGGCUGUGGUAUACCACCAAGACCUACGUCGGCGGCAUCGCUAGGAAGGUGUACGAGAGGCUGCGCCUGUACCAGGUGAACUUCAUAGCGCUGCAGAGGAAGAAGGACCCUGAGCAAGUCUUGCUGCAGUGUGUCCCCAAGCACAAGGUCGAUCCUGUUCUGGGAAAGCUUCAUGACCGCUACCAGGGCCCGGAGCCCUCUGACAUUGUGGAGUUGUUUGAGGGGGAGCAGUUCUUUGCAGCCUUCGAGGGAGGCAUCAACAUUGAUGCUGACCGCCCAGACUGUGUGGACGGACGGAUCUCGUUCAUCUUUUACUCCCACUUGAAGAACAUGAAGGAAAUCUAUGUGACUGCUGAAGUGGACAGGAAAGGCCAAGCUGUGAGAGGGCAGGUCUCCUUCUAUCGUGGCGAAGUUCCAGACAAUGUCCCUGAAGAUGCCACCAAGAAGAGGAAAGGGCCCGACUCCCACUGGCUGGCUACUCUGCCAAUCAAACUGCCUAAACUGAAAUCCCGCUCGGGUGAGCAUUCAGAGCCCAAGAACGGUUUCUCCUUCCCUCCUCUGAACCUGGGGAAUGCCGAGACCGGCUACCUGACACAAGCUAAUCUGCUUGGCAUCGCCGGGCGCAUUGGAGCCGACUGGCAAACUAUUGGCUUGAACCUGGGGCUGCCCUAUCAGCAGAUCAAACGAAUAGGAUACAACCACAGGGAGGACCUGGAUAGUCAGAUCCUGAACAUGCUCUUCUCCUGGGCCCAGCAAAACUCUGAGGACCAAAACUGCGUGGAGAAGCUGAUCACAGCCAUGAAGGAGAGUGGCCGCCAGGACAUUGCAGAUGAGAUUGAAACUGUCAUUGAGCUGGGAAGGCAGAAAUACAGGGCGUCCAUCCGCCGGGUGGGCCUGGACCAGGAGAGCAGCGCUGAAGACUCUGCAAUAGCCAUGGUGUAGCAGCCAGCAGAAGGAACUCUGCUUCUUACUGUGGUGACCCCUCCCCUGUGCACAAGGUGGCAUGGCUGCAUGGGGAACUCCCAACUGAUCCACAUACCACCAUCUGCCAUGCAAGCUGGGGGGCGCCAGCUGGAUUAUGAUCAUCCACUACUAAUCCACUGUGCUCUGCGAAGGGUAUGCUAGUGACUUCUGUUAAGUCCAUACGUGCCAACUUCCCAGUGUAUGGGAAAGGCUGGUGAGUCCUGCGUUCAGGCCCUCUGGCUUUAGGUGUUAGGGACGUGGAGAAAUUCAGAGAAGUUAAAUAAUGGAGAACACUGCUUUUAAUAACAUUGCUGUAAUAGAUAUGUAUAUAUAACUUACGCCUAAACCUACGUUCUGCUAAUGAUUUGGGACCUGAACAUUCCUCACCACAUCUCUUCCUUCAGCAUUUCUGUAGGGACAGAUUCAUUUGUGUUCUGGUGUUUGAUGUAAAACUUAAUGGGGGAAUCCCACUAUACUAGCUUGUGCUGUGAUCCUCCCAGAUCUCCAAGCAAAGGUUGGGUCAGUAGUUGGAUGGGGGACCUCCAGCUAUCUAUUUUAGGUACCAAUAUGGUCCCCAUUACCAUAAUAUCUGAGCACUUCACAGUCUUUAGAGUGGGAAAUUUAGCAACAUUUUCAUUUCCACUUCAUUUCCUGUGAAAACAUUUUUGUCUUUUUCCUUCCACAAACAACCAAACCCUGGAAAAGAAUUGUUUUUUGGGGGAGGGAGGGGAAUUUUGGUGUUUGGGUAGUUUUUGUUUGUUUUUUCAUUGGUAGAAAUUUUCCAGUUUUUCCAACUUCUUGUUUUGUUCAAAAACCAUUUUGCAAUUAUUAUUUUUUUAAAAGCCUCAGUUAUUUUUUAUUUAUUUAUUUAUUUAUUUGCCCAACUCUAGGGCUCUGUGGGGCUGGAGGUCUUUUGGACGAGACCUAAAACCUGGCAGCUCUUGACCGUAGGUUCCAUUUUACUUUCUGCAAUAAAUUAGGAGGUUGAACCCACCGUCCUGGCCAAAUGCCAA